AUGUCUGCACAAACUUCUACAAACGGCACAAGUGGUUCUGCAGCCUCCGCGAAAGGACAACUCGAUGCAUCCAAGCUCAAGUUCAACUUGACAACAGCGCUGAAAGACGUCCCCAAGCCCGGAUCAGCUGAGCUAUGGGAACAGAAUGUCGCGACUGAUCACAUGGUAACUUGUCGCUGGACGGUACAAAACGGCUGGGAAGACCCUGUUAUCAAGCCAUUCGGCGACCUGACUAUCUCACCGCUCGCAUCAUGCCUUCACUACGCAACUCAGUGUUUCGAGGGCAUUAAAGUCUACCGUGGUUUCGAUGGCCGCGUCAGACUAUUUAGACCGGAUCGAAACGCAAAGCGCUUGGUUAUGAGCGCAGAGAGAGUUUCACUGCCAAGUUUUGAUCCCGAGCAGCUUGUUGAGUUGAUCAAAGCCUUGGUUCGCGUUGAUGCGAAAAAAUGGCUGUCGGAGCCCGGCAGCUUUCGGUACAUUAGACCAGCAUUGAUCGGAACCGGUCGCCAACUUGGUAUUCAGAUUCCCAAAGAAGCCAUCUUGAUGGUAACCCUCGUUUGUUGGCCCGACUUCUCCACCGAAUCACCUCCUGGUGUCGAGCCACGAUCUGAUCUACGUCUUAUCACAUCAAGGAAUGACACCAUCAGAGCGUGGCCAGGUGGUUUCGGCUACGCCAAGGUCGGUGCGAAUUAUGGCCCUAGCUUUGCAUCGCAUUGCGAAGCGCAACAAGCGGGCUACGAUCAGGUACUCUGGCUUCUGGGAGAUGAAGGCCAAGUCACAGAGGCUGGAGCUAGUAAUUUCUUCGCGGUCGUCCGAGACCAAAAGACCUUGAAGCCAGUUUUACUAACAGCGCCAUUAACGGAUAGAGUCAUUCUCGAUGGUGUUACCAGAAGAUCUGUUCUUGACCUGGUUGAAAGCCGACUUUCCAAGGAGCUCGAGGUCAGAGAGGUUAAAUUUACGAUUAAAGAUAUUGAGAAGGCUUGGAGAAAUGGUCUGCUUCAAGAAGCAUUCGUAUCUGGCACUGCUUUCUUUAUCAAGAAUGUAUCGACCAUUCGGGUCGGUGAUUUCAACAUCGACCUGCCGCAGAAGCAAGACGAUGGGAGUGCAUUCGGUCCGCAGAUCAAGAGCUGGUUGAAGGAUAUCAUGUUUGGAGGCGAGGGCCAUGAAUGGGGUGUCGUUGUGGAGUAA